GGAACGUAUGAUAGGGUCGGUCAACAAUGGCUACGAAGACAGCUUAUAUUUCUCUGUUCCUGUCUUUGUUUCUUCUCAUUUUAUCCCAUUUUUCUCGUGUUGGAGCUACACACCGCAUGCUACGUGCCAGUGCAUACAUGCCACCAUCUCCAACAUGUGGAGAUCAAAUAGGAAAUCUAGUCUUUGAGGAAGCGAAAGGAAAGACAAGAAAACGAAAACUCUGUAGACAACAUCUGCAAAUACAAGAUGCGUCUGGAGUGACAUGGAGGAUGGGGACGGGGCAGGUAGAUGCGUUUUGCAUGGUUCGAAUCCACCUAGCAACACUUUUACAUCUUUUAACGAAAAAGAAAAGAAGAAAAAACGAAGGGAGAGAACUUAAAAAACAGAUUAAUUAUAACCAAGUGAUGAUUGAGAACUUGAGAUCGAAACCAGAUGCGGAGGCCUUCCUCAAGUUAUUUCAAACCAAACUGGUUGAUGGAUGAGAUAUGAUUUAGCUUUUUAAUCUAUUAGGCCAUCUCCAUUAGUAAAAUAAUAGAGGUUGGAUGUCUUUAAUUAAAAAAAAAAGUAAUGAACUAAGAAAUUAAACACGUUUUUCUAUG